AUGCAGACCGCAAACCAAGAUGUCGCCGACCUUGACGCGGCCCAAACCCCGGUCAGCCUUGAUACGCAGACGAUAAACGAACUCGCCGCGCUGAAACAAUCAGUGCUGGAUAUAAGCUCCAAGAUCCAUCAUGUCACUACGUCCGCCCCUCAGAUCGAGCGAGUCCUAUCAGCACCAAUGCAGACCGCAAACCAAGAUGUCGCCGACCUUGACGCGGCCCAAACCCCGGUCAGCCUUGAUACGCAGACGAUAAACGAACUCGCCGCGCUGAAACAAUCAGUGCUGGAUAUAAGCUCCAAGAUCCAUCAUGUCACUACGUCCGCCCCUCAGAUCGAGCGAGUCCUAGCAGAAUCUCUCCGAACACCAUUCACCAAAAAGAUAACGACGGUCCACCUCCGAAAGAUGGAAAAGCUCCGUCUUCCAACCUUCGACGGUGUAUCCGACCCUUCUGCUCACCUCACAUCCUUCAAUAUCGCGAUGCGACGCGCGAACAUCUCUGACGAGGAAAAAGACGCAGGCUUUUGUCAACUCUUCGUCGAAACCCUAGAAGGUAUCGCUCUUAACUGGUUCACGGGUCUUCAGGAGAACUCCGUUGAUAGUUUUCACGACCUCUCGACGGCUUUCCUCAAAAACUACAUCAUGUUCACCCGACAAGAAGCCACCGCCACAGAUCUCUGGAAUCUCAACCACGCGAAUGGACAGAGCUUGAGAGAUUUUAUGGAGAAGUUCAAAUCCAUUGUCUCGAAAGUAGACGUACCAGAUCAUAUAGCCGUGGAGUCGUUAAUGAACACCCUCCCCAUAAAGUCACCAUUUCGGGCCGACCAUUACCGACACCCGACGAGGUCAGUACCAGAUGCCAUCGCACGAUCCAAUAACUUCAUUCGAAUGGAGGAGGAUACUAGGGCCAAGGCGGCCAAAGAAGCUGCAGGGAAACAAACCCCCGCCCGGACGAACGACGCUCGUCAAGAACCGCGCCAACAUUCCACGAGUGGCAAGCCUACCUAG